AUGGCUCUGCUGAAGGUUCUGCUGCUGCUGGGGCUGGGUGUUUCAGUGAACUCAGAUGUUUCUCUGCAGAAGAGAAUCAUUGGAGGUCAAAACUGUCCUGACACGGAGCGUCUUUAUCAUGUUCGGCUGGAGAACAUCAAGGGUAAUGAAAAAAUCCGCUGUGGAGGAUCUCUGAUCCACCCUCAGUGGAUCCUGACUGCAGCUCACUGCUGGAAGUUGGAGCCAGGAUGGACUAACAUAGCAGUGUUAAAAGUUCAUCCACGGACUGUUAUGCUGCAGUAUCGGGUAAUCCGACCCACUCCUGUGAUUUACGACCCGGGCCAUGACAUCAUGUUGCUGAAGCUUCAGACACCAGUAACAGAUGUCCCAGUUGCUCGGCUACCAGACUGCAGUUAUCGUCUUAAAGCAUUUGAUACAGUUCAGCUGGCAGGAGAGGGCGCAACGACAACCGGCCCCAAUAAUCAGCGAUCACAUCUUCAGUGUGUCAACAUGAAAGUUGUUGGUGUUUCCCUCUUCAAGCACAGUCAUGGGUUUAUAUUCCAUGCUGAGGCACCGAACAAGGAUGUCUGCUAUGGUGACACUGGUGGAGCAGCGAUGUACAACGACAAGAUUUAUGGUGUGAUUUCUUUUGGUGAAGAACGCUAUGCAUGUCAGAGACCAGCCUCAAUUUUGGAUGUGUGUGAAUACAAGAGGUGGAUAAGAAGAAGAACUGGUCUUCAAUAA